GCAGACCAGGGGAAUCGAGCCAGCGACCUUCCAAUAACACAGCCUGCCUGCAUGAGCUGUGAGAGCGGUGGAGGAGCAGGGUUGAGGCGGUGUAAACUUUGUAGACUGCUGAUGGCUUCUGGUCCUGUGAGCCGAGCGGAGGAACAGCCACCAGCGCUGCCCGUCAAACAGCACAGGAGUCGCGCCAGUGUGGAGUCUGACUGUGUUAUACUCAGCCCUGUUGGAUUCCAGCAUCAAAACUACGCAUACAACGACGUCUUCCCUGAGCCCACUGAUUGUCAUGCAGCCCAGUGCCCCAUACACCAGCGCUACGAUCCCUCCCAGCACCAGGUGAGAUUCUUCUCUGAUGGCACCCCACCGCCCGUUCCAAGGAAGAAGUUAGCUCGCACCCUCUCCCUCCCGGGCUUCAGUGCACCUCCACAGUCUCCACUGACUCCAUUUUCUCCAAGACAACCUCAUAACUUUGACAACCCCCUGUACAUGCUGGCACCAAUACCCGACACCUAUUUCCACGAGGAGAUGGAAGAGUUCCAAGCAGUCACAGGCAGUCCUGGGCCCUUACUGGCCUUCUCCCAGCUGUCUUUUGACACCCCAGACGAACACCUGCCCUACCUCUUCAGCAGCUUCGACGACCAGAGGGCUGUCUUCCAGGGGAUUCAGCAUCGCCAUCUCCUCUUCCUGAGAAGCAUGGCACAGAGCGUGGAUGCUGGGAUCCUGCUGCAGGGUGAGGCCGCAGAGAGAGACGCCAGCUCAUACCAGCCUCAGGAUUUCCUGCUGUGUGAGGGCAGCGAGCCAAAGCACAUUGGAGACGCCGUUUACUACAGUCUGCACAGCCCCAAGCUCCCAGGGAGGGUUCUUGGUUUAAGGGUACACAAGCAGACCGAUGACGCUGCCUCGGCUCACACCAAACGCCAGCCAUCACACGUCAACGUGCAAGAUGUUAUCGCUCGUUUCCAACUGAGCAGGAAUGAUUCCAGUCUCACACAAACUCAACCAGGCUGCAUCACUGCCACAGCACCAGGGGGAGGCAGCAGUGAGAGCAAUAAUCUGCCUUCGGUUCAGUCUCUCCUCCAGAAGGGUCAGUCGGUGAGCAUUGAGAGAGACCUGCCACGCGCCACUCUGGAGGACUUUGUUCAGUAUAGCAUCUCGCUGCAGAGCACAGAUUGUUUGGAUUACGACAGACAGGUGUGUGUUCUGCUGCUGCAGGUAUUAACGGGCUCACUGCAUCUGUACAAUAUCAGUGCCUCUGCACCUGAGCUCAGACCCCUGGAGAUCUUUUUAGUGUGGCCCAACACAGAGAAGAAAGAGGCAGGAAACAAGCAGGGACAGGACGCUUCUCAGAAGGAGGCAAUGGAUUGGGAAAAGAUGGAGAGAAAAGGAAAGAUCCUGACGUUAUGGAGGACGCUUGGUUCCCCUCGUGUGGUGUUAACGCCGCAAUCGUCUGCUCUCCCUGUACCUCACCCCUUCAUCCACAUUAAAUCCCAGAUUGGGGCCUUAAUAAAAUACUGCCUCCAUUCACAGGAGAGCCUGACAUCUCUGGACUCAACUCAGUCCAAGUCCCCGUACCGAGUCGGGCUUCUUCAUCUGGCCUCUCUGCUCCAGAGUGAGAGCAGCGGGCCUCAGAUGGCCGACACGGUGGCCAUGUUUCAGGUGCUCCUCUGGGGGCCACGUGUCCAGCUCUUUGACCGCAGACGCCCUAUGACCACCGCCGUACACAACUGGCUGGCAGUCAAGCGAGCCCUGCUGGUGAUGAAGUUGGCAGAGAGAGGGCUGGUCCAGGAUCAGUCUGCUGUGGAUUGGGAGGACUGCAUGUGCCUGAAGUUCCUGUCAUUCGCUGACCCAGAGACAGUCGUGAGUGCGACCAGUCAGCUGUGGCUCGCUCUGAACGUGGACUGACAUUUACCGUAGAAAUGAAAUCAUUCCUGUGAAAACUCCUGGAUGUUUGCGGUCCAGCACAGCAGGUUGUAAACUUGUCAGCCUGCAUCAGAAAUACACUACUGACGUGUAUGAUUUCCCAAAUAUUAAGAUGUUAGCUGACUGCUUUUCAUUCUGUGAAGUUAACACAACAAAAUGCUGCACUUUAAAUGAUUCCACAUCUUGCUUUGAUAAUGUAACAUUGUAAGUCCUUGAAAACUAAUUUUGUCAAUCAGCUAAUCUUGUACAAAAUAUUUAAUGCCAUUGAUUACGUCACAAGAGAUUUCUGUUAUUCGCUGUGCUUGCCAGUCUGAAGUGGGCAGCACUCACUCAGAAAAAGAUGAAGUUAAAUUCUUCCAUCCACCAAUCAGGAUUUAGUAACAUUUAAAUCAGAUGUGAAUGGAUAGUCGACAGCACUUCACAGUUCAGGGGGAAAUACUGUACUUGUACGGUUUUUGACUGUUAAACUCUUAAUAAAAA